GCUUUGGGCUGUGGUGAAUUUCCAUACCUUAGACUUAUCCGGUGUGACCACGAAAAUACUGCGAAAGCACAGACUUCGCUGAACAGACGUUUCUGUUUGGGAGCAAAAAAUCGCGAGCGAUAUCGACGGCGGAGAAAUUGCCAAAAGUUGACAAACAAACACGUUUUAAGCCACCACCAAUUAAAAGUAAAAAUCGGAGAAAGAAAGUGAAACAUAAACAAAUAAGGGGCUGCAAGAAAGUGAAACGGUAAACAAUAAACCAUCAUUCACCAUUGUGUGUGCAGCGAAGAAGAAACAGCUGUGGAGAAAAGAAGAUCAAGCAACAACAACAAGGAGAACAUUUACUGCGCCGCAGCUUUUUUACCGUUGUAGUCGGCUCUCAUCAUCCAAAAAAAAUUUGAGAAAGAACACGAGGACAGUCAUCAAUUAAAAGCGAAGAGCAUUGGAAAAUCGGGGAAAGGCGGUGGAAAUUGCGAAUUUUCAGUUGGUUUUGCGCAGAUUUCGGAACGCAGAGGAGGCCGGAAGGAAGGCGGGGCAAGGCGACGUCAUUGAACGCAUAGAUCCCGGACGACGCAGCCGUAGAGCUGUUGUCCGGGACGGAGAACACCAACAACAGCAGCUGCAGAGGAGGAGGAGGCGGGCGGGGGAACAAAUACGGUCUACGGACUUCAGAAGACACCCACGCACCCAUUCUCUCAUAGACUGCGACCUCUUCGGGCAACAACAAUGAUCUCAAACAAAAAAUCGUACGCCAUGAAAAUGCUGCAGCUGGCUUUGGCCUUGAGUCUGCUGCAGUACAAUCCGGAUUACCUGCUCCAUCGCUGGGAUUCGCAGCUGGAACUGGGCACCCAUGGCGAUGGAUGGGAGCUGGAGAUGCUACGCUCGGUCCAUCGACUGGAUAUGGAUCAAAACCCGUAUGGAAAUCGAAAGGGACUGAGUCCCCGGAUCGAGGACCUUCUGAACUUCGAUGAUGACCCUGCUUUAGGAGGCGUGGGAAACGGAAUGGGGGAAUACAAGUUUCCCCCCAGUUUCAAUGGCAGCACCUUUGUGAUGAAUCUGCACAACACCACCGGGAAUAGUAGUGUCCAGACGGCAGCUCUGCAGGAUGUGCAGAGUAAUAGUGCUGGAGCCACUGCCAGUUCGGUGGUGGUUGGUACAGGUGGUGCCCCCACGUCCGGUGGUCCAACUGGUGGCUCUGGAUUGGGAGAGAUUCACAUUGAUACCGCCUCGUUGGCAGCUGGAAAUACGAACCAUACGUUGCUGCAUCCAACCCCAGAAAUGGACAUCUUUCUGUCGCCACAUUUGCUGCCGGAUCAGCGUUCCAUUUGGGAGCAGAAUCUAGCGGAUCUCCAUGACUACAAUGAUUUGAAUCUGCAGGCCAGUCCCUAUGCAAAUCUACCUCUUAAGGAUGGCCAGCAACAGCCACCGAAUAGUUCGCAUUUGGAUCUCAGUUUGGCCGCACUCCUCCAUGGCUUCACCGGCGGCAGUGCCACGCCCCUGAGCGAUGCCGCCCUCAACGACAGCACCCCACAUCCCAGGAACCUGGGCAGUGUCACGAAUAACUCGGCCGGAAGGAGUGAUGAGGAUGGCGAGGAGAGCCUGUAUCUGGGUCGACUGUUUGGACACGAAGAGGAAGAGGAUUACGAGGGCGAGUUGACUGGCGGAGUGGCCAAUGCCUGCGAGGUGGAGGGUCUGACCACCGACGAGCCCUUCGGCAGUGCCACCUUUGCUAACGAGGUGGAAAUCGGAGAUGACGAGGAGGAGAGUGAGAUCGCUGAGGUGCUGUACAAGCAGGAUGUGGAUUUGGGCUUCAGUUUGGACCAGGAGGCGAUCAUCAAUGCCUCCUAUGCCAGCGGAAAUAGUGGAGCUUCUACCGCCAAGUCGAAGCUGGAGGAUGAGGCCAAGUCCUCGGAUCCCUCGAUGUCGGAGUCCAGCGGUUCCAAGGACUCCAAUGUGAACGCCGAUAACGAGGCUACUGGCGCCUCUGCCGACGAUAUUGAGAAGUUGAAAGCUCUGGAGGAGCUUCAGCAAGAUAAGGACAAGGACAAUGAGAACCCCCUUGAGGACAUUACCAAUGAAUGGAACGGAAUACCCUUUACCAUCGAUAACGAAACUGGUGAAUACAUACGCUUGCCCCUGGAUGAGUUGUUAAACGACGUACUCAAGCUCUCUGAAUUUUCGAACCUCGAAGACGAGUUAUCCAACGAUCCGGUGGCCUCCACUUCGCAGGCAGCUGCUGCUUUGAACGAGAACCAAGCUCAAAGGAUUGUAUCGGAAACCGGUGAGGAAUACCUUGGCGAAGGAGUUCCUAACAAGCAACGUAGACUCGGCGCGGAGAACAAGGAAACCGAUCCGGAGAAGGCUGACGGAGAUAGCUUCUCGGUGUGCGACUUCGAGGACCUGCAGAAUUCCGUGGGCUCGCCCCUGUUUGACUUAGAUGAGGACGCCAAGAAGGAGUUAGACGAGAUGUUGCAAUCCACGGCUCCGCCCUACCACCACCCCCAUCCGCACCACGGCCAUCCCCAUGCCCAUCCGCAUAGCCACCACCAUGCGUCGAUGCACCACGCUCAUGCCCACCAUGCUGCUGCUGCAGCUGCCGCCCACCAGCGGGCGGUGCAGCAGGCCAACUAUGGUGGUGGAGUCGGCGUGGGCGUCGGCGUCGGAGUGGGCGUGGGCAGCGGCACGGGCAGCGCCUUCCAGAGGCAGCCAGCUGCCGGCGGAUUCCAUCAUGGCCAUCACCAGGGCCGCAUGCCGCGUCUGAAUCGCAGCGUUUCGAUGGAGCGUCUUCAGGACUUUGCCACCUACUUCAGUCCCAUUCCGAGCAUGGUGGGUGGGGUAUCCGAUAUGUCGCCCUAUCCGCACCACUAUCCGGGCUACUCCUAUCAGGCGACUCCCUCGAACGGAGCACCGGGAACUCCCGGCCAGCAUGGUCAGUACGGAAGUGGCGCCACGGCUCCCUUGCAGCCACCACCACCGCCGCCACCGCACCACGCGGCCAUGUUGCACCACCCGAAUGCCGCCUUGGGCGACAUCUGCCCCACUGGCCAGCCCCACUAUGGACACAACCUGGGCUCGGCUGUCACCUCGAGCAUGCAUCUGACCAAUUCCAGCCAUGAGGCCGAUGGAGCAGCCGCUGCUGCCGCCGCCUAUAAGGUGGAGCACGAUCUGAUGUACUACGGGAACACCUCUUCGGACAUUAACCAGACGGAUGGCUUUAUCAACUCCAUUUUUACCGACGAGGAUCUGCACUUGAUGGACAUGAAUGAGAGCUUCUGUCGCAUGGUGGACAACAGCACCAGCAACAACUCCUCGGUCCUGGGCUUGCCCAGCAGUGGACAUGUUAGCAACGGCUCUGGCAGCUCGGCUCAACUGGGAGCGGGAAAUCCGCACGGCAACCAAGCCAACGGAGCUGCUGGCGGCGUGGGCCCAAUGAGCGGCUCGGCUGUGGGCACUGGAGCAGCGGGCAUGACCGCCGAUCUUCUGGCCAGCGGCGGUGCAGGAGCACAAGGCGGUGCGGAUCGCUUGGACGCGUCCAGCGACAGUGCUGUCAGUUCGAUGGGUUCGGAGCGAGUGCCGUCCCUCUCCGACGGCGAGUGGGGUGAGGGCAGCGACUCCGCCCAGGACUAUCAUCAGGGCAAGUACGGUGGCCCCUACGACUUUAGCUACAACAACAAUUCGCGGCUGAGCACAGCCACCCGUCAGCCGCCGGUGGCGCAGAAGAAGCAUCAGCUAUACGGCAAGAGGGAUCCCCAUAAGCAGACCCCAUCGGCUCUGCCGCCCACAGCUCCACCAGCAGCUGCUACUGCAGUCCAAUCACAGAGCAUUAAGUACGAGUACGAUGCUGGCUACGCCUCGUCGGGCAUGGCCAGCGGUGGCAUCAGUGAGCCAGGAGCGAUGGGACCCGCUCUGACCAAGGACUACCAUCAUCACCAGGCCUACGGCAUGGGAGCCAGCGGAAGCACCUAUUCCGGGGACUAUACAGUACGACCAUCGCCCAGGACUUCACAGGAUUUGGUGCAACUAAAUCAUACCUACUCGCUACCCCAGGGAAGUGGCUCCCUGCCCAGACCCCAGGCUCGCGAUAAGAAGCCUCUGGUGGCCACUAAGACAACUUCGAAGGGAUCGAGUGCCGGCAGCAACAGCAGUGCCGGUGGAAGUAGCAGCAGCUUGGAGGACGAGCAUCUGACACGCGAUGAGAAGCGUGCCCGAUCCCUGAACAUCCCCAUUUCCGUGCAGGACAUUAUCAAUCUGCCCAUGGACGAGUUCAAUGAGCGAUUGUCCAAGUACGACCUAAGCGAGAACCAGUUGUCGCUGAUCCGCGACAUUCGUCGUCGUGGAAAGAACAAGGUGGCUGCCCAGAACUGCCGUAAGCGCAAGCUAGACCAGAUCCUGACCCUUGAGGACGAGGUGAAUGCGGUGGUCAAGCGUAAGACGCAGCUCAAUCAGGACCGCGAUCAUUUGGAGAGCGAGCGCAAGCGUAUCUCGAACAAGUUCGCCAUGCUGCAUCGUCAUGUCUUCCAGUAUCUACGGGAUCCCGAAGGAAAUCCCUGCUCACCGGCGGACUACAGUCUGCAGCAGGCUACCGAUGGCUCCGUUUAUUUGCUGCCCCGGGAGAAGUCCGAGGGCAACAGCACGGCCACGGCUGCUUCGAAUGCAGUUUCGUCGGCUGGCGGCGGAAGUCUGAAUGGCCAUGUGCCCACCCAGGCGCCCAUGCAUGGCCAUCACAGCCAGCACGGAAUGCAGGCGCAACAUGUGGGCAGCGGCAUGUCGCAGCAGCAGCAACAGCAGUCGAGGCUGCCGCCUCACCUGCAACAGCAGCAGCAGCAGCAUCAUCUGCAAUCGCAGCAACAGCAACCGGGAGGUCAGCAGCAGCAGCAGCAUCGCAAGGAAUGAAAGUACCUGUUGCGAAUUGCCGCAACUAAGAGUUGGUUCACUAGCUUCCAGAGCGAGCAGCAGCAUCGAUCCGAGCAGCAGCAACAGCAGCAGCAGCAACAGUUCGAUUACCGCUACGACAUGUUGAACAAUAGUUACCUGUACUACUGAGCGGCGACUUGGUUAUUUUUUUCCUGAACUAGCUGCCACGUGUUGCUGGCAACAUUUGAUGCACCUGCUGCUGUCGGCCCAUUGGAGCUGUCCCCUCAUUCAUCGCAUCAAUCCUCCCAUUUAUGGUUUACUCAUUUAGUCAGCAUGAUUGUUAUUUAUUUUUUAAUUAAUUAAUUAUUUGAACUCGUCCAGAGUUCGUCUUGCAAGUUGUUACCCCUUCCGGAGAUCGCAUGCGAAGCCUUCUACUUAAUUGCAAUUACUAAAACCAAUACUUGUGAUAAAUCAGUUCUUCAACUAUGAAUUCUUGGCGCCCGCAGAACGCAAGCUGACAGACAGAUGCACAGAAAGAAAAAGAACCGAAACAAAUCAACUAUGCUUGAAUUGAAUUUGUAAAUCAGUAAUCCGCUGACAUUCACAUUCACAAAUCCACUCAUCCGUUACUCAUCAUCGCGUCGUCCAACAAUAUUUGAUGGUGAAACCGUUUACAUCUCUAUAAAAGUAGCUUGUAAAAUAAGAUGGAAGGAGAGAAAUUGUAUAAAAUAGAUGAUAGGCACAAAAACACACACAAAAUGAUUGUAAAGGUUGGAAAAUAUUGCUGGACAUUUCAUGAAUUACGCCCGUAAGACACUUAGUAGUAAGCUAUCAUCUAGUGAGAGAUCUACCCCAGCGGUACAUAACUGUAAAUCGUUCUAAAUUCAUAAGGCAUUUAUCAAAAUCCCAUACACAAAAGUAACACAAAUUAGCGUAUCACUUCGAGCUAGCACUUAGGAUCUGUAAAUACAUAAUUUAAACUUAGCUAACAUUAAAUAACCAACCAGCGCUAGGCUACAGCAACUAAGAGUGUGCUAACACACCUCAAAGAAACUAAAGAAAAAACUAAAAAAAAAAAAGAAAGAAACGGAAACAAAAUCUAAACAAAAAGAAUUGCCCUUGCUAGGGCGGCCCUUUAACAGUCCUGGUAACGGUCUAGUAGAUAAGCGAUUAAGAGAUAUUAAUAUUUAAUAUUCUUAAACAUGUCCUACAGCAUAAAGAGUUUAACUUUAAACUAAGCUACAGCUAUGCGUAAUGAUAAUGCAGAUACAGAUACGAUAUCAACUUAAACAGAUCCGAUACGAAAACGAAACAUAAAUCUAUUGUUAAUAUAGGCAUAUGUAUUUUAAUUGUUGUAAUGAAUUUCGCGCACCAUUGAAAGUCGAUUGUUGCAAGUCGAAAAAGAGAACUACGAAAUUCAAUAAAAAGGCGCAACUUCAAUAAAAGAAAUUAUUUGUUGUAAAUUGAAAUUGAACUAAUUACCUACUAUUGUACUACUACGCCUACGGACAUAUAAAAUAAAUUAAAAGAACCCCUUCGCAUAUUCUAUUAACAUA